AAUAUUCAUUUAUUUCCUCCCUUUUUGUUUUGCCCAAUUUCCAAAGGCACUUUCUCUCUCUCCUCUUUCUUCUCUUCUUCUUCUUCUUCUUCACAAUUUUCAUUUUCAUGGCGGAAAUGUGAAAUCGAACAGCUUGAGCUUCGCUAAGCUGACUGUACUCUACUGUGUUUUCCUCUUUUCUUCUUCUUUUUCUCUCACUACAGCUGAGGGAGCUAGGGUUUGGUAUUGUGUUGGUUUCACUUUCAAUAUGCCUUUGACGAGGUACCGUGUGAGGAGCGAGUAUGGAUUGGCGGAUCCUGAACUGUAUAAAGCUGCCGAUAAAGAUGAUCCAGAAGCUCUGCUUGAAGGUGUUGCCAUGGCUGGCCUCGUCGGCGUCUUGCGCCAGCUCGGAGACCUAGCGGAGUUUGCUGCUGAAAUAUUCCAUGAUUUGCAUGAAGAAGUAAUGGCGACCUCUGCAAGAGGUCAUGGUCUAAUGGUUCGUGUUCAACAAUUGGAAGCAGAAUUUCCUCCAGUUGAGAAGGCACUUUUGUCCCAAACUAGUCAUUCGUCGUUUUUCUGCAAUUCAGGUGUUGAUUGGCAUCCUAAUUUGCGGUCUGAACAAAAUCUUGUUGCCCGUGGAGAUUUACCUCGCUUUGUAAUGGACUCUUAUGAAGAGUCUCGGGGUCCACCACGGUUAUUUCUUCUGGACAAGUUUGAUGUUGCUGGAGCAGGAGCAUGUUUGAAGCGUUAUACUGAUCCAUCAUGCUUCAAAGUGGAUGCAGCAGCAUCUGAGAUGACAACAGGAGAGGCUUAUCGAGAAAAGAAAAGCCGUAAAGUGAAGCAGAGGAAAGGAAUGCGCUGGAGGAAUGGGGAAACAACCCCGGAAGUUGCACCUUCAUCACAUGCAAAACUGCAUCAGUUGUUCCUGGAGGAGCGUAUUGAGAACGGUCAUAGUGACCCUGCACGUCUGGUUAAAUUGAAGAGGAAACAGAUAAAUGGAUCUGCAGUUGAUUCUAAAACAGGGAAAAGUUACAUGGAGAAGUUUGUAGAGAUUCCACCUGAGCGUGAACUGGCUUGUGAAACUUCUUUUACUCCAGCACUCUUAACAUCAGACUAUACUAGUGAACCAGGGAUUAGAAUACUUGAAAUUAGUACAGUAAGUCCUGCAGAAAGGUCACCUAGGAAUAGAAAUGACUGUUCAUUGCCUAAUGUCCAUGAGGUUGCAUUAAGACAACCAAUAAACGGUUAUGACAAGGAGGUGAUUGGUAGAGAAAUUAUCAAGGUGCCUGAUACAACUUUUAAUGAUGAGACUGCUAAAAGAUCUUCCUCUCUUCGUGUAAUGCAAUAUGAGAAGGCAAGUGUCCGAGACAGCAAAAGUAAGGGGGGUGUCAAUGGAUAUGACUCUGAUGAUAUGACUAGUGAGAUAGACAAUUACGUGGAUGCCCUUGCUAGCAUGGAGUCAGAAUUGGAAACCGACAAUGAUUAUAGGCAUAAUACUAAUACUCGCUUUUUGAGUGCUGCAACACAUACGGCUAAUUCUGAUGCAAAUGAAGAACAACUUGAGUGUGUAGCUCAGCUCUCAGAUACUCAGUCAGUUGGAAACUUUUCUACAUCAGAUGAUGGGAAUAAUUCUUUCAAGAAAAACAGAUCGAGUUUCUCUUACUCUGACACUCCAAGCAGUGUUGUUGAGAAUACACCCUCAGAUUUUGAUGGAGAUGCUAAAGUGUCUCCUUCUGAAAUUUGUGGUACUGAAAUUGUAGAUAAAUCAACCAAUGAGAGCUCUGUAAUUGCAGAGCCUACAGGAUCCAAGGAUGAUGAGUUUGUGUCCCAUGAUAUAUGCAUCAAGAAAGAAAGCAUUCCGGAUCACGAAAAUGCAUCUUAUCCUAGUCCACUGCAGUCAGACCCUGGAGCUAGUUCAUUGAGUACAGACUUGUCGGAUGGAGCUCAAAUAGUUGAAACGUCCCCUGAAUGUAUCAACCGCAAUUCUAAAGUACCAGACACUGUUGAAAAUGGGACAAUUAUGGUUGAGUCAUCAUCAGUUGAUACCCAAGUUUCCUCCCAAGAAAAUAAUGGUAUGACAAAGACUUCUGAAAGAUAUACCGUCAAUGAAUUGGAAGAUGAUUCAAAUGUCAUUUCUGAUGAUGCGUUGCAUUUGUCAAACAUUUCAGAGCUAGAUUCUGGAAAGGAAAGCGGAGAGACUUCAGUAAAUGAUGUAUUUGAAGCACCGAAUGAAGUUGAAGAUUCAAAUAAGUGUUUGGUUAGUGGUGAAGUUGAGUCUCCAAGUAAUUCAAUUACAGAAAAGCAGCUCUACUUAGAAACUGAUUCUGCUACAUCUGUAUUGCCUAACAAUUUUACUUUGUCUAGUGAUCAUUCUGAUGUGUUAGAAGCUGAAAAUGUGGUUUUGAAAAAAGGUGAUGUUGUUACAGCAAAUGGAACCAACUUGGAGGAUUCACCUCCCAAUAUGGAUACUGGAAAGAGCCAUAUCGAAGAGAUACCUUCCACUGUGAAUUCUCCUCAGACCCUUGGCUCAAAGGAGUUGCAGUUCUCAACUUCAAGUGACAAUUUAUCUUCUUGUGAGCACGUUUCUGCUGAGUCAGAAGUUCCAUAUUCCAAGGAAAUGCCAGAUGCUGACGAGAUUUCUGGAACAGAGGCCUCUGGAGAUGCAGUUGGAACCGAUGUUGUUUCUCGGGAUCAUCCAUCUGGAUAUCUAAGUGAUGAUUUUGUAAACUCGAGUACUGUGGCACAUGAAACAGUUGAAGUAGAAAAGGAAGCAGUUGAUUCUGCUGACUCUGCCAACAUUGUUGAUAACAAUUGCGAUGGUAUUUGUUUACCUCCUUGUACAGAAUGUUCUUCAGCAACAAGUCCAACUGAUCUGCAACAAGAAGAUAGGGUAUUUGAAGUGGGAGUUUCUCCAGAGUAUGCCACAGAAUCAGAAGAAGCACGGGAAGAAUUACAUCCUAUGGAUGCUGCUUCUGAUAUCCCUGUAGCGUCACAAUCUUAUAAUCUAAAUGAUCCGGAAUCAGAUUUGAGUCCUUGUGAUAGUCAUCAUCAAGAUAAUGGAGAGGAUAUUGUAUCUUUACCUACCUGCCCCCUUCCAGAGGCAAAAAUUUCUUCAGAAAAGUCAGCAAAGUUGCAAGCUGACCAGGCUGGUAUGGACGAUUUGCUACGGUAUGAAGCAGGUAUUCAUCCAGAGACUCUUUAUGAAAAGUUCCUGAAGUUGCAAGCUGAUCAAGAUAGUGAAGAAUGUGUGGAAACAGAGGAAGCCGAUCCUCAUCCAGAAAUUCCUUCAGAAAAUUCGCAAAUAUGCAGCGAUGGGGAAUGGUUGCAAGUAGACAGAGAAAGUAUAAAGACUUCAAGUCUUUCUUCAGAACAGAUCAAAUCUCCAAAACACGUAAAUAAAGAAACUUCGGUUGAUGCUUCUGUAGAGUCAAGUCUAGAAGACCCUCCAAGGCAAUCUUCAACCGCAGAAUUCUCGUCAAAAUCAACAAGCCCUGAAGUUGAUGUCAUAAAGCAAGCAUCAAGUUCAUCUGAGUUUGCUCCAAGUGUCGUCUUGCUCCCAGAAGCAACUCAAGUUGAUCUGGAGGAGAUGCCACCAUUGCCUCCCCUACCUCCUAUGCAGUGGAGGAUGGGGAAACUUGGCCAGGGCUUAUUUCCAUCAAUGCAUCCGUUUGGAGGCAAUGACAACGCUCAAGUUAGUUUUCCAGCAUUUCAGAGUGGGAUGCUGCCGCCUCAACAUCCGUUUGGUGGUAAUGAUAAUGCUCAAGUUAAUUUUCCAGCAUUUCAGAGUGGGAUGCUGCCGCCUCAACAUACGUUUGGUGGUAAUGAUAAUGCUCAAGUUAAUUUUCCAGUAUUUCAGAGUGGGAUGCAGCCACCUCAACAUCCAUUUUUGCCUCUCAACAUUGAAGAGAAUGAGAAAUCUCUGCAUGUUGCUAAACCUUUGUCGGUACAGCCUCCUACAUAUUCAAUGCAGUUACCGACUAUCGUAAAUGAUGCCAAUGGUCAAUACAAUCCUUUUGCUUUAGGGGGAACACAAUCCCUCAACCCAUUCAUAAGGCUACCAGAAGUUUCUAGCGAGAGAGAUGAGCACAGUGAUCUGUCACCGACACAACCCGCUGAAAGUACAAGCAGACAAAAUCAUGUUGACUCAACAGAUGCGAGCCAGCCUAUGGACCAAGUAGGUCCUCCUGAAACAGGUGUUGAUACCAUGGAAAAUAAGCAAUCAUUGAAGAAUUCAGAAGAGGAACAAGGAAAUUCAUUGCCACCUCCAACCAUGGUAGAUGAACAGUCUCGGCUUAGUUUACUGAUGUCAGAGGAAGAAAAAGCCUGGUUGUCGACUAGUUCUGCUAUGAUGCCAGACUCUGAGGUGGAAAGGCCAAAUGGAAAUCUAGUGAACAAGCUCCCUCGUCCUAGGAAUCCCCUUAUUGAUGAAGUUAACGCACAUGGCAAAAGCAAGUUGAGAAAGGUAGCCGAAAGAGUUCGGCCUCAAAAUGGACCAAAGACAGAUGAAAGAGAUUCAUUACUUGAACAGAUACGAGCUAAGUCCUUCAAUUUGAAGCCGGCUACAUCGACAACAAGGCCAAGCAUGCCUGGUCCCACUCCUAAGACAAACUUGAGGGUUGCUGCAAUAUUAGAGAAAGCAAAUGCGAUUCGCCAGGCAUUGGCAGGAAGUGAUGAUGAAGAUGAUGAUAAUUGGAGUGAUUCUUGAAAAGAAAAGAACUAAUCUUACAACUAAGAAAGGUAACUGGGUUAGGGGACACCAUUAUUCUCUGUUCUUUAGUGCAAUUAGGAAUUCUAUAUAUACUCUCUCUCUCUCUCUGGUCAACUCUUCUUUUCUUAUUUUAUGUUGAUGUAAUAUACACCACAACCCACCUUGUCUCUCACUUCUCCUUUCUAUAAUAUCUUGUCUCCCCAACAAUUACCCUGUUAUUUACCUACUCUGUUCUGUCCCCACCGAAAUUUGUGUGGGUAAAAAAGAAAAGAAAAAAAAUCAGAAUCUUUUAUACUACGAGAAGGCUCAGCGUGUAAGCGUCGGAGCAAUUGAAAUUAUGGCGUUGAUCUUCAACAUUUGAAGAUUAUAGUCCAGUGUAAAUUGUGUUGGAGUGUGUAAAUUUUGACAUGUAAAAUGCACUUUUGAAUGAAAUUUUUGUAAUGUUGUAUGUAACAUGUUUUCUCUGCAUUUUAUGUAUGUAUAUGUAAUGUAUGCACUCAUUUAUUGGGUCC